AUGCGUGAGAUUGUGCACUUGCAGACCGGCCAGUGUGGUAACCAGGUCGGUACCAAGUUCUGGGAGGUACUCUCGGACGAACAUGGCAUUGAUGGCGAUGGCAACUACGUCGGCACAUCGCCGCUGCAGCUCGAGCGUAUCAAUGUGUACUACAACGAAGCGGCCGAAAACAAGUACGUUCCGCGUGCUGUCCUUGUCGACUUGGAGCCUGGUACGAUGGAUGCGAUCCGCUCCAGCAAACUGGGCGGUCUUUUCCGUCCCGACAACUUUGUGUUUGGCCAGAGUGGCGCCGGUAACAACUGGGCGAAGGGUCACUACACGGAGGGUGCAGAGCUCGUGGACUCGGUCAUGGAUGUCGUGCGUAAGGAGGCGGAGAACUGUGACAUGCUCCAGGGCUUCCAGAUCACGCACUCGCUCGGUGGUGGUACCGGUGCCGGUAUGGGUACGCUCCUCAUCUCCAAAAUCCGUGAAGAGUACCCAGACCGUAUGAUGGCCACCUUCUCCGUGAUGCCAUCGCCCAAGGUCUCAGACACAGUCGUGGAGCCGUACAACGCGACGCUCUCCGUGCACCAGCUCGUGGAGAACUCGGACGAGACGUUCUGCAUUGAUAACGAGGCGCUGUACGACAUCUGCUUCCGCACACUCAAGCUCAAGACGCCGACGUACGACGACCUGAACCAGCUUGUGUCGCUGGUCAUGUCGGGUAUUACGACGUGUCUGCGUUUCCCUGGCCAGCUGAACUCGGACCUGCGCAAGCUCGCUGUCAACAUGGUGCCAUUCCCGCGCUUGCACUUCUUCAUGGUCGGCUUUGCGCCGCUGACGGCGCAGGGCAGCAAGCAGUACCGCGCCGUGACCGUCCCGGAGCUGACUUCGCAGAUGUUCGACUCGAAGAACAUGAUGGCCGCGAGCGACCCACGUAUGGGCCGCUACCUGACCGUGGCUGCGUACUUCCGUGGCAAGCUGUCGAUGAAGGAGGUCGAGGAUCAGAUGCAGGCAAUCCAGACGAAGAACUCGUCGUACUUUGUGGAAUGGAUUCCGAACAACGUGCAAACCGCUCACUGUGAUAUCGCGCCGCGCGACCUGAAGAUGUCCGUUACGUUCAUCGGUAACAACACGGCCAUCCAGGAUCUCUUCAAGCGUGUGUCGAGUCAGUUCCAGGCCAUGUUCCGUCGUAAGGCGUUCUUGCACUGGUACACUGGCGAAGGUAUGGACGAGAUGGAGUUCACCGAGGCCGAGUCGAACCUCGCGGACCUUAUCAGCGAAUACCAGCAGUACCAGGAGGCCACCGCCGACGAUGACCUCGAAGAGUACGAUGGCUACGAAGGCGAGGAAGUGUACGAGGACGAGAUGUAA